AUGUCCGCUGCUGCAAAAGGAUGGACUGACACGGAAAAGGUAAUCCAUGACUCCACUUGCGUCGAUGCGCCGAGCUGACGAUGUCGAGUGUAGCUCGGCCUUAUCUUCCAGAUCAUGCAGAAGAUGGAGAAGCCAAUCCCAUGGAGUGAACUCGAGCUUCCGGAGGGUCGCACUCGCAAGGCCUGCCAGGUCAUGCUCGACAAGGAGAAGGCGAAGGUGCGCGAGGCGAAGAAGGGGGCCGCCGAUGGCGAGGAGGGCGAGGGACCAGGUACUCCUACUCCGGCUACGCCAGCUACUCCAGCAUCCAAGGGCAAGGUACGAAUCUUUCAAUUCGUUCCGCAGAAGCCUCUUCCUGAUUCAAUCCGUCUUUGCAGAAGCGCACCGCCCAGGCCACCUACGGAGAGGAUUCUGGCAAGAAGGCCAAGAAGCCGCGCGCGACGCCGAAGAAGAAGAAGAAGAAGGUCACUGCGGGCGCCGAUGAGGACGACGAGAAGGCUCCAUCAGAGGUCGAGGAGGAGAGUAGCGAGGGCGCCGACGACGGCGCUAAGGUCAAGCCGGAGCCAGCGGAGGAGGAUGGAGAGCUGGUCUGA